UGAUUUUAGGCCUCUGGGAUAUUGGGACUUGGAGGCUGCGAGAGCGAGACGGAAAUCAAACGACGCCGGUUUCUCUUCGGGGAGCCAACCCUGUCGUUUCUCUCAUUUGCUCCUGCCGUUUCGAGCCCAAGGACAGAAGCUCUUGCCCCCACGACACUGCUAUUUCUGGUUCUCCGAUACUCGUUUCUUACAUUCUCUCCUCAACCACCAACUGUUCGUCUAAAUUCCUUGCGCUUCUUAAUAACAUGGGCAAGAGAGGAGGCGUCAAAAAGCUACCAAUCGCGCCAACUCUAUCUCAUAGUUCUGUAUCGUUGAGAGAAGAAACAAGCGGUAAAAUACAAGCUAAAGGCGUCUCUCGUAAUCCCAAGUCUUUUUUGAAACUCGAACACUUGCAAAAGCUAGCUGUAUGGGCAAGCGGAGAAACUUCAAUUCCUUCUCUUGGUGCUUUUUUCGGCCGCCAAUUCGCCGCAGCUGGAGAAAUCUUGGGGGUUUCUCCUGAUCCCUCUAUAAUUCAGUGCCAGAGAUGUGAGACAAUUCUUCAGCCUGGCUUUAACUGCACGGUGCGAAUUGAGAAGAAUCAAACAAAGGCAAGGCAGAGACAAAAGAAACAUAAUACUCCAAUGCAGAAUAAUGUGGUUUACAAAUGCCACUUCUGUUCACAUCAGAAUCUGAAGAGAGGAACUGCAAAAGGCCAUAUGAAAGAAAUAUGCCCAUCUAAGCCAAAGCCAAAGCCAUCCGCCAAAUCAGAAACUUGUAAGCCCAUGGCUCAGAAGUCUGCCAGCUUGGAGAAAGUCACAAAAAGCAAGGAUGAGAUAGCUUUGCCCCCACCAUCUGGGGAACCUUCCAUUUUAAACAGCCCAGCAACUCCAUCAGUGAGAAGUGGGGUGACUUUAUUGGAUGCAAAGAGAAGAAAGAGAACUAGAUCAGGAUCAAAAAAAUCAGAGGAAUCUGAAAGCAAGAAUGGGGCAGAAGGUGGUGAAAGAACAGUCAGCGCAUCAAGUAAAAGAAAGAGAAAAUCUUGGACAAGCCUGAAGGAAAUUACUGCGAGUAAUGAGCAUGAUAGCAUUCGAAACAUUACUUUGGCAGCCCCAUUUUUUAUAUAGUAGGUUAAACCUUAUGGCAGUUAAGAGGACCCAGAAGAUUCUAAGUAAGUCUCUCUGAUUAUUUGGCAUCAUUUGCUAGUGAGAGAGAGAUAAUAUAGAGGAAGGGAAGGAUAGGAAAUUUGCAGUUUUACGUAUUGGUCAAGGGAAAGGGAUGUCCUUUGGCUGGUGAAUCAGAAAUUUGGUUCUUCACAAUUUGUUAUUUGUACCGGUUGAUCACUGAGUUUAUUUGUUUGUUUAGUUUCCCAGGGAAUAUCAAAGUAAAGAGAUAAUUAAAGUGAACAAAUAAUUUUUGUUUUUAUUGUCAA